AUGCUUCAGAUUCAGGAAAUUACAGCUUUCUCCGAGGACCGGGGCGGGCGCGCCCGCCGGGCCCCCUCAGCAUCUGGCCGGGGGCGGGGCUCAGGCGCGGACGUGCGAGAAGGCACAGCGCCCCUGGCGCAGCAUCCUGUCCAGCCCCCGGCCGUGCGUCCCCGCCCCAGACGGUCACUGCACGUGUGUUUAACGUCUGUGUCAGCUCUUGGUCUCUUCGUCGGGCCAAUUUUGGCCAAGGAGGGAGAGAUACCAGUGAGAGUAGAGAGCAAACGAGGCCUACCCACAUUAUGGAGGACAACCAGCUGUACUCGAAAUCCAUCCCUUAAAUGUAAAUCUCAUCCCAAAACACCCUGCUUUCCAUCUCCGGCCGCCGCAACAAAAGGAGGUGCCACCGUGUCCGCGCAUCUGCAAUGGAUGGUCGUGCAGAACGGCUCCAGCGUCUUGAUCAAGAGGAAGAGUCAGAUGUACGGCACCGAGCCCAGUAACCUGAAGGCCCGCAACUCCUUCCGCUACAAUGAGCUCAUUCACCGCAAGGCUGUGGGCGUGGAGCCGGCGGCGGCCGGCAAAGGGCUCGUGGCGGUCACGAAGCAGAGAUCCAGCCCGCGAAAGCUGGCCACCUGCUACGUGCGGACCAGCAACAACAAGAACGCCCGGGCCACCCUCACCAGCAUCUGGCACAUAAUCCGAAACAAGUGGCGCCCGGAUUUGCGCAUGGCCGCCCUCUGCAGAGCCAGCAACGUCCUGCGCAGCCAGAAGCCUGUGAUGGUGCCGAGGAAGCGGACCCAUCCCGCCAAGAGCUCCUGA